UCCUCUCUCAUUGUAUUCAAUUCGAAGAGUAAGCGCGUCACGCUGAAAUACGAUACGAGUACGAGUACGAGUACGUUGUCAGUUUUUGUCAAGAUAAGGCCCACGAUUUUAUGAAAUUGUCUGGGAGAGUGUCAGUGAGACCGCGAUUGCUCUUACGCAAAGGUCUUCUCAUUCUCGCGGGAUUUUGAGAGCUGACCUUGGUUUUGUUCUGGUUUCGUUGAAUUUUUUCGGGGGAAAUUUUCAGCGAGAUGUCGACGGUUCUCGCGACUUUCGCUGUUCUCAAGGACCACGUCAAGUUGAGAGUGACGCAGGACUCCGUGGCUAUUGACAAUAUUGUAUUUAAACUCCACUAUCGCGUGACAUUUUUGAUCCUGUUGAUUGGCUGCCUGCUGUGCACAUCCCGUCAAUUAAUAGGUGAUCACAUCAAAUGCAUAUUUGAUAAUGAGGAGAAAACGCUGGGCCACGUCAUUGAUACUUUUUGUUUUUUCACAUCGACUUUUACCAUCUCGAAGUACAUGAAUGCAACAGCUGUAGAAUUAGGCCACAUACCGCAUCCCGGUGUGGGCUCACAAAGCCCAGAAGACGAGGUUGUCCAUCACGCUUAUUACCAAUGGGUGCCGUUUGUCCUCUUCUUCCAAGCGCUCCUGUUCUACGUGCCCCACUACCUCUGGCGAUCCGCAGAAGGUGGUCGUCUGAAGGUGCUCGUCUCGGGUCUGCAAAUGGCGUCCCUCUGCCUCCGGGACGAGCAGCUCGACCUGGGUAACGGGAAAUCGAUUCCCUCCAAGUCCGAUCGAGAGGAGAAAAUCCAGAUAAUUCGAAACGCAUUUCUGAAUCGUCUGCACGCCAACAGGCCCUGGGCAUACUACCUCGGUCUCUGCGAGGUCCUAAACUUCAUGAAUGUCCUGACCCAGAUAUACCUAACAAACUGGUUCCUUGGUGGUGCUUUCCUGAACCUGGGGAGCCUCCUCACUCAGGCGGACGAUACCGACUGGAAUCGAAAGAUGACACCUCUGGACAUUGUCUUUCCCAAGGUUACCAAGUGCACAUUCCACAAGUACGGGCCCUCGGGGAGUAUUCAGAGGCACGAUGCCCUCUGUGUCAUGGCCCUGAACAUUGUCAACGAGAAAAUUUACGCAUUUUUGUGGUUUUGGUUUAUUAUUCUGGCGAUUAUUACGGGAUUGGGACUUGUCUGGAGAAUUCUCACGAUGGUACUACACGCAAGGAGUAUCCGGUUCAAUCGCUGGGUAUUUUCCCUUGCCUGCCCGGGUAGAUACAACCCCUGGAAUGUCCUUCGAGUGACUCACGAGUACCACUUCGGGGACUGGCUCUUCCUCUACUACAUAGCCAAGAACUUGGACAACUAUGUGUUCAAGGAGUUGCUCGAGCAGUUGGCUCACGACAUGGAGGAUCGUCGGGCGAGCCGCCCCAAGCCUCGGCUUUCCACCCUGGACGAGGAGGAGCCCUUCAAACAGGCCUAGGGGCCAUCGAUCCACUGGAACAAUUCCCUUAAGCAUUCUAGGGAGUCGAGUCGAGGACAGGCAUUAAUACAACGUUUCUCCUCGCUUUUGUUGAGUAUUUUUGCGUCAGUGCUGCACGACUGUAUUUUUUACUCGCGAGAAUAUUUUUUUUUCUUCAAAUGGUUGAAAAAAAACAGAAAAAAUCAUCAAUAAAAUCGCUGAAGACGUGAUAAAAAUCCCGAAAAAGAAAUAUGAUUGAUCCUUCGUAUCAUCGAACUCUAGUCACAAAUGAAUCCCCAUUGCGAGUCACAAUCGAUAAGACUCGAUCCAUGACUCGCUCUCGCUUUACUCAUUCUCUAAAUACCUCUCAAAAGGAGCGUACGCAACCGGAAAUGGAAUUGUCAGUGACGCUGGGGCUGAAUGACUCGUAUGUACAAGUGGGAUAAACGGUGAUUCCGCUUUGACUAAGGACAGCCGAUAAAUAUCCAUGGCCAUUGGAUUCAUGGCACACGUCAUUAUCCGGCCCGACGCGAUGACAACAACAGUGGAGAUUAAUGUUUAUUGAAAAUGCAACAGUGAAAGGGUAUCGAUGCUUAUUGUAACGUUAGACGUUGCUGGGAAGUUCAAUUAUUUUAUCAUCUAAUAACAUUGGGUAAUUCAAUCGGUCUGCAACUGUGAUAAAUAAUAUAUUAGAGAAAAAAUCGAUUGUAAUACGAGCACGUGUCACUGGUCUAGGGCAUACUGCACUUCACGGGCGGGAUGUUGCGUAAGAAUUGCCCGGAGAUUCGUUAAAGUUCAGGGAUUUUUAAUUUAAUUAAUUGAAAAAUUAUUUUUCAUGCACUCGCGCAAAUUAAAAAAUAGAGCUUUCUAUUCCAGUUAUGAUUGUAUUUUUUUAUUGAGAGUAUAUUCUAGAUUUUUGUAUGAAUAUUUAAAUAAAUAAAGUGAAACAAAAUACAUUUACGAGCGAACCAGAAA